GAUCUGGUGAUCCUUGAGGAUGUGGCUGUGGAAUUCACCCAGGAGGAGUGGACUUUGCUGGAUCCAACUCAGAGAAACCUGUACAGAGAUGUGAUGCUGGGGAACCACAAGAAUCUGGUUGCAGUAGGUCGGCUUGCUCAGAACCCUGUCUGGUGACGAGGGAGACACACAAGAGGAAGAAUGGCUGCAGGAUUGCUGACCACCUGGUCACAGGAUUCAGUGACCUUUGAGGAAGUGGCAGUGGAUUUCUCCCAGGAGGAGUGGGCACUUCUGGACCCUACUCAGAAAAUCCUGUACAGAGACGUGAUGCUGGAGAACUACAGGAACCUGGCCUCUGUGGGGUACCCUCUCUGCAAGCACAGUCUGAUCACUGAGGUGGGGCAGGAAGCACUGAGCACAGAGGAGAGAGGAAUGCUCCAAGGUGCCUGUGUAGGCUUGGAUAUUCAACUGAAAUCAAAAGAUGCAUUUCCUGUACAGAAUGUUCCUAGAGAAAAAACUUGCAAUGACAUAAAGACGCAGGUACCAACUCAACCCAGCAAGAAACCCUUGGAAUUUGAUCGUUGUGGAAAAUUCUUCAGAAAGAACUGUCACUUGAUGUGUACAAGACAUUGCAAGGGAGAGAAAUGCCACAAAUAUAAGGAUAAUGGGAAAGACCUUGGCCACCCCUCAGUUCCUAGGAGUCAUGUAAGUACUCACAGUGGAGAGAAGACCUUUGAGUUUAAGGAUUGUGGCAAAGCUUUCAAUCAAGAGUCCUCCCUUAGGAAACACUUAAGGACUGUCACAGGAGAGAAACCUCACGAGUGUAACCAGUGUCUUUUGUCCCUCAGCAUACACUCUUCCUUUCCAGUAUAUGACCAGAUACCUACUGGAGAGAAGCUCUGUGAAUGCAGUGAUUAUAGAGAAAGAGCUUUGCUUAGCACCCACCAAAAACUGUGUACUGUGGAGGAAAGCUCAGAACGUAAUGAGCGUGGGAAAGUGUUCGCUGGCCCCUUGUCCCUUCAGAAAUGUGUGAGACCUCACACUGGAGAGAAGCCUUAUGAAUGCAGUGACUGUGGGAAAGCCUUCAUUUUUCAGUCUUCCCUUAAAAAACAUGUGAGAUCUCACACUGGAGAGAAACCUUAUGAGUGUAAUCACUGCGGAAAGUCCUUCAGCCAGAGCUCCCAUCUUAACGUGCACAGAAGGACUCACACUGGAGAGAAACCCUAUGACUGUAAGGAAUGUGGCAAGGCUUUCACUGUUCCUUCAUCCCUUCAGAAGCACAUGAGAACCCACACCGGAGAGAAACCCUACGAAUGCAGUGACUGUGGGAAGGCCUUCAUUGAUCAGUCAUCCCUUAAGAAACAUACACGAUCUCACACUGGAGAGAAACCUUACGAGUGUAGUCAGUGUGGAAAAUCCUUCAGCACGGGCUCUUACCUCAUUGUGCACAAGAGAACUCACACUGGAGAGAAAACCUAUGAGUGUAAAGAAUGUGGGAAGGCCUUUAGGAAUUCCUCUUGCCUGAGGGUGCAUGUGAGAACUCACACAGGAGAGAAGCCCUAUAAAUGUACUCAGUGUGGAAAAGCAUUCAGCACCAGCACUAACCUUAUAAUGCACAAGCGAAUACACACUGGGCCGAAAGUAUGAAUGAAAUAACUACAGGAAAGUCUUUACUGAUCUUUGACACUUCAUUCCUCAUUGUAGAAGUCACACUGGAGAGCAGCCCUGUUGUGACCAAUGUAGAAAGCCUCCAGGCACAAUUCCUGACUUCCUGGGGCCAAUCUUACAAAUGUUAUGGGUCUGUGAUUGUCUUUAUCAGCAAGUGUUUCAUCCUGAAAGAGCAACACCAUGUUAACUGUUAAGUAUUAAAGGUUAUAGGGUGCUCUAUAGUCCCCUUAAUCUACGUCACAGAAGUGUUGAUAAAUAAUGUUUUCACCGUAAUUUACUACUAAAUGUUUUCCAGUCCUCAUCAAGAUGUCUUGGACCUAUAGUUUAUUUAGAAAUGUAUUUUUUAAUGUGAAGACUCCAUGCAUAUGUUAUUUUUGAUAGAUUUCUAACUUAAUUGCAUUAUACACAAAAUGCAUGGUCUUCAUGACAGAUUCUGUAUGACAUAGAUUCAAACAGAAAAUUGUUGGAGACUUUCUGUGUGGGCUAAUGUGUCAGAUACAAUGAGUUGCUAUCCCCAGAUCUAUCCCACCCUUCUUUUCCUAAAGUAACAAACUAUAUAAUUGUAUUCAAGUUGGCAGUGUGGACAGUUUUUUAAGGAUUCAUCUCCCAACUUCUUUGCCACUUUGCCCAUAAGCCCAUAGUUCUGGCCUGUGAGAAAUAGAGGUCACUGCUUGUGGGUUCUAGAAAAGCUCAUGGAAAUGGGAAUGUCUCAUCUGGAAUUUUCUCUCUACCAUUUCCCCUCUAUUCUAUCUCUUCUUCUUUCCUAGAAGAUAGACCAAGAGGAUGACAGUCAGAGGCUACUGAUGAUAUGUCAGGGAUAUAUACAGUAUUAUUUAUCUGUACUAACCCUGGAUUGCCUAUUUCUGGACUUCCUGUAACACAAGAAAAAAUAAAUUCCUAACUGUUUUAAACCA